GAUCGAUGUGCACCGGAAAGAAAACGCGGGAGCUGCAGAAAAAGCCAUCAGCGUCCACUCCACCCCCGAGGGCUGCUCCGCUGCCUGCAAGAUGAUUUUGGAGAUCAUGCAGAAGGAGGCGAAGGACACCAAGACAGCUGAUGAAGUGCCUCUGAAAAUCUUGGCCCAUAACAACUUUGUGGGGCGCCUGAUCGGCAAAGAAGGGCGAAACUUGAAGAAAGUGGAGCAGGACACAGAGACAAAAAUCACCAUCUCAUCCUUGCAGGACUUGACUCUGUACAACCCCGAAAGGACCAUCACGGUGAAGGGCUCCAUCGAGAACUGCUGCAAAGCGGAGCAGGAGAUCAUGAAGAAAGUGAGGGAAGCCUACGAGAACGACGUGGCCGCCAUGAGCUUGCAAUCUCACCUCAUCCCUGGCCUUAACCUGGCUGCGGUUGGCCUCUUCCCUGCCUCCUCCAACGCAGUACCUCCUCCGCCCAGCAGCGUCUCCGGGGCCGCGCCGUACAGCUCCUUCAUGCCCCCGGAGCAGGAGACGGUGCACGUCUUCAUCCCCGCGCAGGCGGUCGGCGCCAUCAUCGGCAAGAUCUGCCAGCACAUCAAGCAGCUCUCCCGGUUCGCGAGUGCCUCUAUCAAGAUUGCCCCUCCGGAGACGCCGGACUCCAAAGUGCGCAUGGUCGUCAUCACGGGCCCUCCGGAAGCUCAAUUCAAGGCGCAAGGGAGGAUUUACGGGAAGCUGAAGGAGGAGAACUUCUUUGGACCGAAGGAAGAAGUGAAGCUGGAGACGCACAUCCGCGUCCCCGCCUCGGCCGCGGGCAGGGUCAUUGGCAAAGGGGGCAAAACUGUCAACGAGCUGCAGAACCUGACGGCAGCGGAGGUGGUGGUGCCGCGGGACCAGACCCCCGACGAGAACGAGCAGG